AUUUGCAGAAAACGUGACAGCAGGUGCCAGUACUAAUUUUGGAACAACUGACUACUACUUUCAUUCCUUUGGAUCCAAAUAUCCAAAGGCAGUGUUGAUGGCUUCUAUAUAUACCCCACCCCCGUGACCUCUACUUGCAUAUAUGCCCACCACUCCCAUAACCCUGGAAGCAGAAAGCCAAGAAUCCCAAUGUAUUCCCUUCACGUAUAUGCUAUUCUCUUGUUUCUUUUUUCGCCUUUCAGUGCAGUGCUUCUCUGUGCAUCCGACCACCUCCUCGGCCCUGGCAAGCCGCUCUCCCCCGGUAGCAUUCUUGUCUCCGAAGAUGGCAUAUUCGCCUUGGGCUUCUUCUCCCCAUCAAACUCCACCGAAAACCAUUACUAUGUAGGCAUAUGGUACAAUGGCAUCCCAGAGCGAACCGUGGUAUGGGUCGCCAACCGUGCUGCACCGAUCACCGAUAUUUCCUCCGCAAAUCUUUCCAUCACCAGCAGCUCAAACCUUGUCCUGUCCAACAGUAAUGGUCGUGUUUUCUGGAGCACAAACAACAGCAACAUCAUCAAUUCCUCUUUGGCAGAAGCCAUGCUGGACAAGACCGGAAACUUCAUCCUUCGCUCAUCCACUGAUAGCUCCAUACUAUGGCAGAGCUUCGACCACCCCACUGACACUCUUCUACCUGGCAUGAAUCUCAGGCUGAGCCACAAGAUACAACCACUACAGCAGCUCGUAUCUUGGAAAAGCCAACAAGACCCAUCCCCUGGUGACUUCUCCUACAGUGGAGACCCCGACAACCUCCUGCAGAGCUUCACCUGGCAUGGCUCAAGGCCACUCCGGCGGAGCCCAGUGUGGACAAACAACCUCUUUCGUAUGGAGUACAUGGACAGAUUCAAUUCUACUGUUUACAUGUCACUACAUCAUGCCGACAAUGACGAGGUAUACAUGUCCUUCGGCAUGCCCACUGGCUCCUUCGUUGCGCUCGUCAGGAUGGAGAUCGACUACUCGGGCAAGGUAAAUAUAUUAAGCUGGGAGAGCAACAUGUCAGGAUGGAAAAUCCUCUACACACAGCUUGAGCAUGGGUGCAACACGUAUGGCUACUGUGGUCCUUACGGUUACUGCGACAACACACAAAUCGUCCCAGGUUGCAAGUGCCUUGAUGGUUUCGAGCCAAGAGAUGAUAAAGGCUGGAUCGCUGGAAGGUUCUCACUGGGAUGCCGCCGGAAGGAGGUGCUAAGGUGUACUCAUCAGGAUGGUUUCCUGACCUUUCCAGGCAUGAAGGUCCCUGCCAAGUUCCUCCAUGUCCGACGCAGAAGCUUUGAUGAGUGCACGGAGGAAUGUAGGAGCAACUGCUCCUGUGUGGCAUAUGCUUACUCCAGCAUGAGAAACAUGGACAUUGAUGGAGAUGACACGAGGUGCCUGGUAUGGACGGGAGAUUUGAUCGACAUGGAGAACUUCAGCCAAGGAGGGGAGAACCUCUAUGUUCGGACUAACAGAUUAAGAGGGAACAAGAGAAAGACCAGCACCCUAGAAGCUGUACUACCAGUUAUCUCAACUUUGCUGAUUCUCAUAUGCAUUGGGCUUAUUUGGAUCUGUGUCUUUAGAGGCAAUCAAGAAAGAACGGAUAUUUGGAGAAGGCUGUCUUUUGGAAAUCGAAGCUCUUUUAAUGAACCUGCUGAUAGGAACACGGAAUUUCCCAUUUUGAGCUUCAGAGAAAUUGCUGCUGCAACAAAUCAUUUCUCUGAAUCCAGCAUUCUUGGCAAAGGAGGGUUUGGCAAUGUUUAUAAGGGAACGUUGGUAAAAGAUGGUACGGAAAUUGCCGUGAAAAGGCUAAGUGUAGGUUCUGUCCAAGGGUUAGUGGAGUUCAAGAAUGAAAUAGCUUUGAUGUCCAAGCUGCAGCACCGAAAUUUAGUUAAACUUCUAGGCUGUUGCAUUCAUAAAGAUGAGAAACUCUUGAUUUAUGAGUACCUACCUAACAGAAGUUUGGAUGCCUUCAUUUUCAACGAUGCAAGAAAAUCACUGCUCAACUGGCCCACAAGAUUUAAGAUAAUCACAGGUGUAGCCAGAGGCCUUCUUUAUAUCCACCAAGAUUCCAGAUUGAUGAUGAUUCAUAGAGAUCUGAAAGCAAGCAACGUAUUGUUGGAUUGUGAGAUGAGUCCCAAGAUAUCUGAUUUUGGUACAGUGAGGAUCUUUGGUGUCAACGAAAAGCAAGAACAUACCAAUCGAGUUGUCGGAACAUUUGGCUACAUGUCGCCUGAAUAUGCAAUGGAAGGCAUCAUAUCCGUCAAAUCCGAUGUCUACAGCUUUGGUGUAUUACUCCUGGAGAUUGUGAGCGGCUUGAAAAUCAGCACUACAGGCCUAACCACACGUUCGCGUAACCUUAUAGACUAUGCAUGGAGCUUAUGGAAGGAUGGGAACAUGCUGGAUCUAGUCGACUCGUCGAUUGCUGAGGGUUGCUCUCCCCAUGAAGCUCUACGGUGCAUCCAUAUCGGGCUCCUGUUGGUGCAGGACAACCCAAGCGCUCGUCCAGACAUGUCUUGGGUGGUAUCAAGCCUGGUUAACCAUGCCAUAGCACUCCCCCAGCCGAAAGAGCCUCGAUGCUUUGGACAUCGUAGUAAUUAUGAAACUGAUGGAGUAAGUAAAAGCCAUGAAUACGGGAUGAGCGUUGGGAAUCUGAUGGGGCGCUAGAGCUGGCGCAGCAAUGGUGCCACAGAAGCAAGUCAAUGUAGUAGUGAGCAUAUAUAUGUCAUGUAAGGAACUGUAGUCAAUGUAGUAGUGAGCAUAUAUAUGUCAUGUAAGGAACUGUUUGCUGAAUGUAUGUUUUGUCCUUGUGACCCUGAUGUA